AUGUUAGUAUCUGUGUGUUACUGCUACGCCAUAGCCAAGUUUGUUCCAAAGGGCAUUCCUAGACUGUUAGCCUUCUUACCGGUUCAUUUACUCUUUCCCUCUCUUCCUCUCUCCAUCGCUUUCUUCAUUUCACGGAUCGCUAACUUCAUUUCAUGGAUCGCUAACUUCAAGCUUCUUCUCUUAGCUUUCCAUAAGUCUCCUCUCUCUCUACCUUCUCCCUCCCUCGUCCAGUUUCUCGUCCUCGCCUCAUUGCCGGUGAUGACGCGCCGUGACAGUUCUGUCAACCAACCUCACAACAGCAAACGCCUCCUUAUCAUCAGUUAUGCUGUCAAAGCUCUGCUUCUUGCUGCUGCCAUUACAGCUUACCGUUACACCCAUUACUUGCAUAUCAAGUGGCUACGAUUGAUGCUUGAUGGUGAUCCUGUUUCUAGAGGUACAAGUGUUUAA